AUGCAAACAAAACGCAUGGAAAUUGGACAGAUGGUGUACGACGGAGGCUUUCCGACGCCCGCCGGUGGGUCGCUGGCGCGGAUUGCAGAGGAAGGUGUCGCGCAGUCACCUGCUUCGAUCCACGCGAGGCGGGGCGGGCUCCGCCCUGACUACAUGACGCGCUUUGUAAAUCCCCUCCCCCGAGCAGAAGCCCUUGAACGCGAUGCGUCGCAGUGGCCGCACAGAGCAGGGCCUCGGGAAAUGGGGAGCCACGCACUGGAGGGCCGAAGAAGAGGGCAAGUUUGGACGGAUGGGGUGAUGGGGCCAGUGGCGGCGGCCUCCGAGACUAAGGUGAAUGGCGACCAACUUCGAGCAGCCACGUCGUGGACUCAGGGGCCGCCCUUUCAGCAGCACUUCAACUUGGGAGCCCUGGACCUGGAGAUGGCUUCAACUAGUCUGCGGGGGCACAACAGUGUUUUGAAGGCUGCGGUUGGACACUCAGCACAUCUGCCGUGA